AAAAAGAGUCUAUUCUUUCUCUCUCCUCUCCUCUCUCUCUCUCCAAAAAAAAUGGCCGAAAAUAUUCUAAACGCAACAUAUUUCAUGAUCAUCUUUGUCAUAAGCCGUUUGCUUCUGACCUUAGGAAAAUCCAAGCCGUGGAUUAGUAGUGUAAUCCCACCAAUUCUCUCAACCAAAGAUAUAGGAUUACACAAACUUCGUGGUGAUCCGGAGGCCAUAAAAUUGGCAUCAACCGACUUUGGCCAUAUUGUUAGAGAAAUCCCAUUAGCGGUUUUAGACCCUUCUUCCACAAACGACAUCGUUGGCUUGAUAAAAUCAGCCAACGAUCUCUCUGUUCCUUUCAAGAUAGCUGCUAGGGGACAUGGCCAUUCCGUCCACGGUCAGGCCAUGGCCCAAAACGGCGUCGUGGUCAACAUGGCCGCUCUCAAAACCUACCGGAGCGGGACCGGGAUCGUAGUCUCCGGUGACCCUUCUUUGGGGUACUACGCCGACGUCGGAGGUGAACAGCUUUGGAUUGACGUUUUGCAUGCCACGCUGGAACAUGGAUUUGCACCGGUGUCGUGGACCGACUACCUCUACCUCACCGUCGGUGGGACGCUGUCGAACGCCGGCAUUAGCGGUCAGACUUUCCGGUACGGCCCUCAGAUCAGCAAUGUGUACGAACUUGAUGUCAUCACCGGAAAAGGAGAAUUUGUGACGUGCUCUGUACACAAGAAUUCUGAGCUCUUUUACGCAGCUCUUGGGGGCCUAGGCCAGUUUGGAAUUAUAGUCAGAGCAAGAAUUGCACUGGAGCCAGCACCGAAGAGGGUAAAAUGGGUACGGAUGCUCUACAGUGACUUCUCUGCAUUUUCCAGAGACCAAGAACGACUAAUCAAAAUCAACGGCAGGAAAGACAAGAACGCACUUGAUUAUCUGGAAGGUUCACUUCUGAUGAACCAGGGCUCUCCGAAUAAUUGGAGAUCCUCAUUUUUCCCACGGUCCGAUCACUCCAGAAUAAUCUCCAAAGUAACGGAGCACAAAAUUAUCUACUGCCUAGAAGUGGCAAAAUUAUAUGACGAUCGUUCAAAAACGACUGUAGACAAGGUACUUCAAGUUUUGCUUCAAGGGUUGAGCUUUGAACCUGGAUUUAUGUUCGAAAAAGAUGUGGCGUAUGUGGACUUUGUUGAUAGAGUCCGUGGUGGAGAGCUGAAGCUUCAGUCACAAGGACUUUGGGAAGUUCCUCAUCCAUGGCUUAAUCUCUUCAUCCCGAAAAGUCGGGUUUCGGAUUUUAAUGCCGGUGUCUUCAGGGAAAUUGUUCUAAAACGGAACAUUACCACUGGUCCUGUCCUUCUCUACCCCAUGAACCGGAACAAAUGGGAUGAUAGAACGUCCGCGGUUAUACCAGAUGAAGAUGUGUUUUACACCGUUGGAUUUUUGCAUUCAAGUGGGUUUGAUGAUUGGGAAUCGUUUGAUCAGCAGAACAAGGACAUAUUACAAUUUUGUGAAGAUGUUGGUAUUGAGGUUAAGCAAUAUCUUCCACACUAUAAAACACAGGAAGAUUGGAUGAAGCACUUUGGCUCAAAAUGGAGAACUUUCAACGAGAGGAAAUCUAUGUUUGAUCCAAAGAAAAUUCUAUCACCAGGACAGAGAAUUUUCAACUAG